UCAUCGAAAAGAUAAAGACCAACUUCAUAAUAGUAAAAAUAUGUAUUUAAAAAUUCCAAUCGGUUUAUAACUGAGUAGGCAACUGAUUUAGGUGUUAAGCUAUACUUCAAUUGUGCGUCCAACUCUAUAGCAAAGGAAACCAUAUUGCAAAAUGUCUUCAACCGAAGGUGAAGCCACUAUUGAUGAGCCGCCGCAUGCAUGUUUCUUUUGUGUCAUGGGCGUCACCUCGGCCAUUGUGUUUACCACCAUGGGAGCUGCUUAUGGAACAGCCAAGUCGGGUGUGGGUGUUGCAACAAUGGCCGUCAAGCAUCCCGAACUAAUUAUGAAGUCCAUCAUACCCGUUGUCAUGGCUGGCAUUAUUGCCAUCUAUGGAUUGGUUGUCGCUGUUCUCCUGGCGGGCACAAUUGCCGAUGUGUCUACCAGUUUCCGUGCUUUUCUUAAUCUGGGCGCUGGCAUUGCUGUGGGUCUCUCUGGCAUGGCUUCAGGCUUUGCCAUUGGCGUUGUGGGUGACGCUGGAGUUCGUGGUUCGGCACUGCAACCAAAGCUCUUUGUGGGCGUCGUUUUGAUUUUGAUCUUUGCCGAAGUGCUGGGUCUUUAUGGCCUGAUUGUGGCCAUCUAUUUGUUUACCAAGUAAUAGGAACUUAA